UAGCGAUUCAAUUUUUAAUAUACAAACUGUACAUAAAAACAGAUAAUCUUUUUUUACAGAUCGAUUCAUCUAUGCUGGAUGAAAACUUAUGUGAAACUCCAGUGUAUAUAAUAGCAAUAGCUGCAAUAGAGUUGUCGCUUCGUAUUGUAUAUUUGAGCGACGUUAACGUAAAUCUAGAAUGGUAUCAAGUUUGGAGAAAUAAACAAUCACUCAUAGAAUGGGAAGAAAGAAUGUUGAAUUCUACGAAGCAGAUUAUGAUACAACGAAUUGUAGAAUAUAAGGAUUUCGGUGCAAAUGUUAUAUACAAGAAAUACAUGCGUAGCAAACACGGUAAAGUCACCAAUUUUCUUCAUAAUAAAUUGAAGAAUAUCUUGUGAUGAAAGAUUAGAUAAUGUCUAGUUAAAAUUAUCACUUAUCCCAUGAUGCUAUCGAUGGACGUUAUUAGAUCUCUAUUUAACGAGAAAAGUAGGAACAUUAGAUCAUUAAAUCUCUGGCUGUCACAUCGUCAU